AUGAAGUUGCUCGUAGUUUGGCUUAUGGUGAUCUCACUACUUGGAUGUGAAGCGUUGUUCGGAAUUGAAGUAUCACCGAAUAUCCCCGAGGCUGCAAGCAUAACCAGCGCCUGUUCGAAGCUAAUAUCCGUUUCGCAACAAAUCAUCUCCGCAACCAACAGCCUUAGUGAGGCAUCGUUUGGGACGUACCAGCUUCAAAAUGGCGUCACGUCUAUGCUUUCCUCGGUGAAACAAACCUACACCGCCCUGAUAGCGAUCGCACAAGAGCUGAUCACGGUGACUAACGCGAACAGUGGCAAUUUGGAUACCUUAUUUACGAAUCUCCAAUCGAACCUGGCGGCAUUCAGUAUGACAACGAUUACGGUCCGUUUUGCCGCGUGGUUUAUGCUGCUGGAUCCAAGCGCGAUACCCGACACCUCCAUUGUCACGCUGACGCUAAACGAUGUGAGCACAUUCUUCAACAGCGUUGUGCCUCAGAAAGUGAAGCAAUUUUCUGCGAGCAGAAUUUCACAAGCCACAUUCUACAACGCCAUCUCGAAGGACCAAAUGAGCACGUUUGCGCAAGGCCUAACGGCGUUGGCACAGAACCAAGAAACCGUCAUGGUACCGUUCGUCAACAGCGUGGCCGGUGCUUUUCGAACGAGCAAUGAAAAGCAGACGUUGUUCCUAACAAACGCCGAUUCGGCAUUCCAGAGUGCGGAAGCAACGUUCGCCUCAACGUAUACGCGCAUCUUCGAACUGAACAAGCAGUUCCGUACGGCGGCAAACGAGAUACAACCCACGAUUCGUUCCUCCGUCGAGCGGUUCACAAAGAGCAUGGACGAGUUCCACGAUCUGUACCUUGGUGCAUCAGGUGCGGAUUACAUCACGAUGGCAAGCGAAAUGUACAACUCGUUCUCGCUUAAUGUCACCGAGCAAACGAAGGUAGUAGAAGCACGACUGGAACUAGCUCGAAAUAGUGCCACCGACAAUCCGGUGGCUAGUUUUGGGGAAGCACUUGCCUUUGGGUUCAAGAUAGUGAGUCGGGCGCUUGUGAGGAUCAUGCAAAAAGCAACCAACACCGCUGGUAUCAACUGUCUGCAUCAGGCUAUCGGUAAGUUCAGUGUCGAUUACACCAGCAAUCUGCGGAGUGCCUUUGGUUUGUGCAUCUCCAGCAGUGACUAUGACUUUUCGGCUCCUGUCACCGCUCAGAUGACUACGGUGAAAGACAUCCAGAAUGACAUGCUGCAGUACUUUAAAAUGCUCAACACCGCACUCGGUGGGGUGUCAAAUUCGAGUCCCGUUAGUGCGAGGAUCCAAGCGGACACGUUUCUUACAGCGUACUUUAGCCAAAGGGUCUCUAUAAUGACCACCUUGAUGCAGCAGCUGGUCAACAUGGCAAAUGAACUGAAUGUUGAUUACAACCUACUGAUCGCUCGGUCUCGCUACUGUCUGGCAAUGAAUGUUGCCGUCGCGAAGCAGUUGUCGUCAGACUUUUCCCAGGCGAUCAUCGCGUGCUAA